AUGUCCAAAGUCCUCUUCUGGGCCGGCUUCGGCCUCGCAACACGCUUCUGGCAGCUCGGCAUCGAGAUGCGCCCGUUCUUCAACAAGGAGUCACUCUGGGCGUACCCUUUCUUCGCCGGCGUUGGGGGCAGCUUCGGAUACUGGAUGACGGGCGUGGAUGAGAGGCAGAAGGCUAUUCUGGGGGCUAGGAGAACGGCGCUGUUGGAGAAGAGAGCAAGGCGGGCGGAGAGGGAGGCGGCGGCUGGUGCUGAGGCGUAG